AUGCCAGUACCCGCUCUAUACUACGCUGCAACAGCUUUGCACACCAUCUCAAUCCCAGGCCAUUGGGCCUUUGGGGUGGAGCAUGUUGACAAGGCAGUGGACCGGAUUCCUCCAGAGGAAGAGUACUCGGUCGGAAGAGCGGGUACUAGAGUCUCCUGGGCGUCGUUCUAUGGCCUCUUGGCUACUCUUGGUCUUCUGAACUAUCACUGGGCAAAACGAGGGGGCGCUCGAACAGCGGAGGAGAAGCUCAUCGUGUUGUCCACACUCGCGAUUGGCUUAUUUGCAGGACGCCCUUAUUUCAAAGCAAGAGCCUAUAGCCCGUUGGGUUGCAUCUGGGUUGCCCCGUUUCUCACUGCUAUUGCUACCUUUAUCUGA